GUAGCGUUUAUCCAAUCAGUUACAAAAGGCACUUGUUAAAACACUGCUUCUCAGAACUCAAAAAAUAUCUACUUCUGAUAAACUAGAAUAGGAACUAAUGAAUGUAAAAAGAUGUUUAAAGAACAACUGAUACUCACUGAGACUUUUUGAAAAAUAUGCUAAAUGUGAAGAUAAAAAAACCCAAAGGAACUACAAUAAACAAAAAACCUAUUUUUAUUCAACUUAAAUUCAGAGGUGAUGAUGUCACAGGGUCAAUCAGCUUGAGAUUAAAACCUGCAUUGACAAGAACUUAUCCUGCAGCUAAACUGGUUGUCUUGUCUAAAACAACAUGUUCUUCAACACAACCAAAGUACGAUAGGUAUCCGUUUCAUGUUACCACCAACUGUGUAUACAAAUUUACAUGUAUCUACCAAAGCUGUUACAUUGGUAGAACAGAAAGAAGAGCCUACGUCCGAUUCAAAGAACUUGUUCCGAAAAUUUCUAGGUCAAAUAGAUUAGAAGCAUUCAACAGUGCCAUCACAAAACAUCUUGAUACAGGACAUCAAAUAGAAACAUUGAAGCCUGUCAAUGUAAUUAAUAAACUAUUAAACUCUAAUCUUCUGAAAUUUACCGAAGCUAUAACGAUCAAACAUCUAAAAGUGGAUCUGUGUAUCCAGAACGAAACGGCAAAAAAUCUUUAUUUGCCUUGGUAACAGUACACCCCUUUCUGUUACGUCAUUCAUUAUUUCAACUCUAUGAGUUCUAAUCACUAGUUCAAUGUUUUGGAACUUUCGCUCUCAAACUUUAUUUAUUUAUCUGAAACAAAGAUCAUUUAUGACCUUAAUAACUCGAUUAGAAUCUACGGUGCAUCAUGAUACUCAUAAUCAUCUCUAAUCACUUUCCUAUUUAUAAGUAAUAACUUGGAUCAUAAAAUAUUAAAUGGAUUGUAAGCAGCUGAUGAGUAUCUAACGAAAUAAAAUGAAUUCAUAUUAUUCUGCAUAUUAUUAUUCGUUCUUGCACUAUUUAGGAUAAUAAAAAGGAACAAUGUGUAUGAAAUAAACAUUUUGUAAUAGCUCACCUAUAGCUGAUCUAUAUAAAAUGAGACAACUCUGUGUUUGUUUACUCUGAUUCCAACUAGCUAGUUAACUAUAGUUAAAGUUGAAAGCUUAAGUCAAUUGAAGCUAGACCACC